CGAGAGCAUGUUCACGGCCGCCACCGCCAAGGAUGAGCACGCGGUGUGCCAUCUGAGAGGAAGAGUGCAAGAAAAAGGAGGAUGCAGAACAAGCUUAAAAGACUCUUCCUCUAUAGUGGCUGAAACUGAGCCUAGGAUCGAGUACGAUUGAAGUUUAUUCAGAGGCGCCCGCUUGGAACGUGGCUGAGAGUUGGGCAAACAGACACGAGUGCACCACGCUGUUGUAGACGGCCGAUAACGAUGUCGACGCUGGAGAAGACAUCGUCGACGGAUGUGGCUGCUGCACAGAACUUAGGUGGCAGUCUCUUCCCCGGCUCUGCUUCCCCGGAUGCCCUUGAUUCUGACGAUUCUGUCAUGGACAAGAAAGAUAUAGGCCAUCCCAAGCCGUCACGGGGCAAAUCCGUGCAGGCAGCCAAGUCCUUCCUGUCGCGCAAGUCUGUCAAGAAGUCUGAGUCGCAGGACCAGAUACAGUCACAAUCUAAUGCAGACACUCAAAGUCUAGGUGAAAAGGGAAAAGAAAGGGAGAGAGCUAUCUCCGAAGACCAGCCUCGUCCUCUCUUUCCAUCUCGCUCAAUCAUCCCUGAUCCUCUGAACGAACUUCCAGCAUGGUUUACACUGGAACACGAUGGAACGCCCUCCCCUGCAAGUUACUUUCGCGCUCGCUAUCCUAUACAUAACCCCAUUGGCCCUCGUCGGUACCUGAACCAUCAUUUACUUCCACCCUCCCUUCAGAAACGACCACCUUCGCUAUUCUCCCCUUCAUUCCCUCCUAUGGCGGCCAGUGCCGACCGCAUCCAAGAUUCCAAACUGCCUGGUCCUAGCAGGACGCCCUCUGGCUCUCCACUACCUACCCCGACUUCUUCACAGACACGUAUACACGACAUUAGAGUCAGAACGCGAAAAGUGUCGCAGACUGCUCAUGAUGAUGUCGACAUGUUGGAUGUGACAGACCCCUGGGGAGCCAACUGGCACCAUCAGUCACCAUACGAUCUUGGAACAGGUCAUCCACAGGCAUCACCUGAGUCCGAGACCCCACCUGUACCUCGGCCUAGAAGGAUGAGCUUGACCACUGCUGGUAGCCGUCACAAAACUGUCACUCCUUCCCCGCUUUCUCAAUCUACAUCAGCUGUUCACCUGUCUAUUGAUCCGGCAACGAUUCAUCUACCUCGACGUUUGAGCAAACAUAGGAAACCAUUUCGUGGGCUAUUCACUGGUAGUAUGGACUCUGGUCACCCCCCAAGACACACGUCAGAACCUCCAACGCCGCUGGACACGUCCGAUCGACGCACAUUGAAACGUGGUUCCACCGUCGGUCCAUCCGCGUCCAUCCCUUCUUCACUCAUAGACAAGAAGGACAAACGCAGCAGCAUGCUGGGCCGAUUAGUGAAGCGUUUCAGCGUAAUGCGGAGAUCGGAUACCACUAGGAGUCCAACCAAGACUCCUGACGAUUCGCAUCCACACCGAGCCGUUCAUGACCGAACAAGUAUGGAUGUCCAGCCUUUGGCGACGUCAGCUCCUGCUUCACAUAAACCUCAUUCCCAGCGAGCCGAACCUUCCGAUGCUUCCAAGCGACGAGUUCCUCCCCCUAGCCUGCAGGAGAGCAGUACACAGCCUUCCGUCAAUCGACCCACUCCGAAGGAUGACGAGAUUGCCUCGUUUAUUACUGACGCUGAAGCGCCGUCAGUCCGCAGAUUAACUAUUGCAAACCCAGACGAACCUAGCAGUUCCGAUGCGAACACGCCAGUAGAGAAUACGGUGCCUUUGCCACAGGUGCCAGAAUCUCAAUCUUUCCCCGAGACACCUGUUCCAUCUCCGAAGGAGGAGCUCACUCGUGACGAGAUCCCAUUAUCAAGCUCUCCUGCCCCGCUUCAUUCACCUGUUGAGGAUUCCCACAUUUACCAGUCACGCCUGUCAACCAUCAUGUCAGCGUCUGUAGGACAUCCAGGGACAUCUGUAUCUCCGGCACUCCCAGACUUGCCUCCACCUACGCCUGGUAUUUCUCCCGGCACUAUGCCGUCUGAGAACUCGCUGCCACCCACACCAGUAACAACAGGACCACCGUCACCUGCUGCAAGUGCCCAUUCCAGUGCACUCCCUCCUCUCCCUCCUCCAUCCAUUCGUUCGCAAACUCGUGAUGGGCUUUCCAAUGCUAUGUCUCCGUCUACCCUAUCAGCGUUUCAUGCGUCUCUGCCAGAGAUAGAUGAUUCUCCACUAUCUAGGGCAUCCAUGGUUGUUAACCCACCGACGCCCUUGACAUCUACCGUGAUGAUUCCUAAAUCCCCUGCUUUUCUACCCAUGCCUGCGAUACAGCAGGAGACACCACAGAGUUCUGAAGAGACCAAAACAUCUCGAGAUCAUUCUCCGACUAAGAAGGAUGGAAGUCAACGAGAAAAGUCAUCUUCCAGUUCGUCCAAGGUCAGGCGCACGGAAACUUUCAAGUUGGUCCGAAGUCUCUCAGGCAAUGUACAAACGGUGGGUGAGGGUUUCGUGGCUGAAGGUGAACAUUGGGAAGUCGUGGAGUCUCCAAUUGACGAGUCCAGAAAAAGCAAGAGAGAUCGGAGAAGAUCCAAGGAGGCUGAUGGUGGCUCCAUGCGAAAAAAGAGUAACGAUUCUAAGCGACAUGAUCGUCAUGGCGGCGGGGAGGAUGACAGUGAUCCACAAAAAGGGCGUGAACACGAUCGUCACAGGAGAUCUAUCAAUGGUCGACAUCAUGCUGAUGGCUCUGGAUCAAGUCAAGCGCCUCAAGCGUCGAGCACGAACGGAGUAGUGCACCGAUCUGAAGGGUCCGAGCGGCGACGGUCAAGUAACAAGCUUGUGAAAUCCCACUCCGCAGGUGCUGCUGAGCGUUCAGAGCGCCGUCGCUCCAAUGGCAAAGACGUUCAACGUGCUGGAUCAGGAACAGUAAGGUCGACCCAAACGCCCGUUAUUUACACUCUUUCUGCACCGGCGACACAACCUUCCUUGUCUGCAUCGUCAUCUCGUAGAGAGCGCAAGGUGUCUCUUACGGCAUCUACACGACCAUCAUCUGACUUCCAAUCUGUCGCCGAUUUGAACACCCUGAAGGCUAAAGAGGCUUGGGAUAUGGAAAGGCUUUGGAAGGGUAGAAGUAUGAUGUAUGGUCCUGACGGUACAACAUUGGUAUCCAAUCGCCCAACAAUAGGCAGCGACUCGAGGCCUUCCACUAUCAUGACUGCAGAUAUCCAGCGUGCAACUUCCAUAACGAGCAUGGGUGAUAUGGCUAGGACCAGUCCUGUUCCGACAGCACACGGCUCGAGUCACACGUACUUCAUGGUGCAGACUCCAUACCAGGGACAGCCCAAUGGUUCAUCGUAUUCCCCAGGUGCUACGUCACCUGUUAUUUAUGCUUCACCGGGCCCUGUCCAACCGUCUUCACCGCAGCGCGACUAUUCGAAACACUACCGCACAUUUGCGGAACCCGUUCCUUUCCCCUCAACAAGUCUAACCUCAGAUUCAGCCUCUCAACGAAUAUCUAAUCCACUGCCCGAACCCCCUCGUUUGUCAUCAUACAGGCCGUCACCAUUGCCACCGUCAAUAGCUGGGUCUGGUGAUGGACCAUCUUCUCCUGAGUAUUGGUCGAAGAUUGCUGGCGUAACCAGCACACACUGAUUUAAUUAGAUACCAUUUGCACAUUUAUUCAUUGACACAUUGCUUCAUUUACGAUUCCUAGAUGUCGUCGCAUUCAUCAAUUGUUGAACUUUGGCCAGGCAUUUUAUUACUAAUUCACCACUUCCAUGACAUGCAUGGUACGGGCUGUUGCAGGAUUUUCAUUACUGACUUGCUUUAUCUUAUACGUUAUACGGACUGUUGUGAUUGUAGUAGUACUUGACACUAGCAGAAACAUACACCAAAUUAUCAUUCCG